AUGGAGGGCCUCUUCACGCUGCUCAUUUUGAGCGUCGUGAUGGCCAUUACGUCUUUUCUCGUUGGGGCAUUACCACUCACUUUCACAUUAUCUCCGUCGCAACUUCGAUUCAUCUCGUCCCUGGGCAUGGGCGUCCUUGUCGGCACGGCUCUGGUUAUUAUCAUCCCGGAGGGAGUCGAAACGUUAUACAGCUCACAGCAGAAAUCUCAUUCGAGCCUUCAAUCGCGCGCGGUGGAUGUCAGAUGGUCGCACCAAAACUUACCUGGUCUUCUCCCGCGGGAUGUGCCUGAGAUCUUGAAUCUACCAGGACCUGUGAUACCCGAUGUCGCAUCUACAGCAGAAUUCACACCGACCAGCCCGGAAAAGUCAGAGAGGGGCCCGGCGGACGAGGGCACCAGUGCGCAGAACGAUCAGGACGACCACCACGACGAAGACGAAGCCGGAGCCCUCCACGCGUGGAUUGGCAUUUCGCUAGUCAGCGGUUUUAUUUUGAUGUACCUGAUCGACAGGCUGCCCGCAUACGUCACACCUCCGAAACCAAAGCGGCUUCCCUAUCACAUUUCUCUGGAUAACCUGGGCGCAUCUGGCUUGCGACGUAGCUCUUCGCCUAGUCGAGGGGAAGGGCUGCUGGAGAACGACGGCCGUGCCAAUUCGUCUAGCAACCAUAGCUUUGCCAUGACCACUGGGCUGGUCAUCCACGCUGCGGCCGAUGGGAUUGCACUCGGGGCGUCUGGGUCUAAUUCGAGCUUAAGCUUUAUUAUCUUCUUAGCUCUGCUCGUCCAUAAAGCGCCCGCAGCGUUUGGGCUCACCUCGGUGCUGCUAAAGCACGGGCUUUCCAGUCGAGCGGCGCGAGGACAUCUACUGGUUUUCAGCCUGGCGGCCCCGGUUGGCGCUAUUCUAACGUUCCUUGCUAUCCAAACCCUGGGAUCUGGCGUUGGAGGCGACGAGAGCUCACACCGGUGGCGUACCGGUGUAUUGCUUUUAUUUUCAGCCGGCACAUUCUUAUACGUAGCCAUGCACACUAUGCAGGAGAAUGCUCCUCAACCAUCCCGGGACUCUCACAGCAACGGCUACGUGGAUUCUCGGGAUUCUCCCAAACACAAGGAGUCAGUCAAAGAUCUAGCCGUUUCAGUCGCUGGCAUGAUACUGCCGCUAUUCUUGCAGAUCGGUCAUGCGCACUGA